AUGUCGGAGAAUGGUGACGAAGAUCAAUUCAUUGAUGAUGAGGGAAACAACGCAGAAAAUGGGGACGCAGCGGAGGGAGACGGCGAAGACCAAGCAGAAAAAGGCGAAGUUGAUGUGAAUGAUCCCGAUGAUGGUGAACCGAAAGAGAGCAAUCGCUCGCCAUACUCCAAUGAUAGAUUCGGAAAAUAUGCAAAGGAUAGGAUGCUGGAAAUGAAUCUCUUUCCGUUUUACGGUCGGACCAAAGAGUUGGAUCAGUUGGAAGCGGCUGUGGCAAGAAUCAGUCCAGAGGAUACCGAACACCAAUGUGAAGCUAUUUGGAUCUGUGGUGAUGCAGGUGUUGGAAAGUCGACACUCAUCGAAGAGGCUACCUACGAAAUAUUUGAAGCCAAGUCGAACCUAGUUUGCCAAGGAACAGGGGAAGAAAACCACGUUGCUGCACUGCCGCUCCAAACUUUGUCCGACUGCCUGGGAGACUUGUGCGAGAGAUUGGAACAGCAUGGGGGGAAAGAGUUGUGGCAACCCCGUAUCGACGAGGCACUGGGUGGUGAGGCUUCGUUGCUGAUUGGUGCUGUUCCUGCUCUACGGAAAUUUAUUGAUGCCGAACCCAUUGACACUCGUCGUCUCAUUAUGUUUGAUAUCAAUUCUCGACGACGAUUUGACAGACUGACGUUUGCCAUCCGAGACUUCCUGAAGGCAAUCUUGGCACAUCAUCCAAUCGUUAUGAUAAUUGAUAACAUCCACUGGGCCGACCUUGAUUCCCUGGAAAUCAUCUACCGUUUAGUGACAAGCUGCAAUCUUGAGCGAUUCUUGCUCGUUGGCUGUCACGAACCAGUUGACGAUGCACAUCCUUUGGCAACCCACAAGGCAGCCAUAAGUGGAACCGAUAUUCAAGAAACCCACAUCAAUUUGCAGCCGUUCGAUCUUGAUUCCACCAAAGAAGUACUGAGCGGCUUGCUGCUGGACGCAGUAACGAUUGAUGAGGAGAAGCCUGUUCAACGAACGGAAGAUUUAGCGAAGACACUUCAUAAGUGUACUCGCGGUAACGCAUUAUGGAUGAUGGCUAUCUUGAGAAUCUUAAAUGACGAGUCGAUUCUAGUUUACGACAAGGGGGAAUUCAAAUGGAGCAAACAGGCCGUAAAGAAGCAUAUGAAACAGUGGAAAGAAGAUGGCAACAAAGUCGUGAAAUCAAUCAGUGGCGCAAUUGAGAAUCGCAUUGAGAAUUGCUCGAAGAAAAUCAGAUUUGUUCUUGAAGCCAUUGCACUUUUGCGUUUGACAACAUUUUCUCUUGAAAAGCUUGAUAAGGUCCUUCUUGCUGCUUGGACCCGCCAAGAUAAAGAAUGCUACGUUCAAACAGAGGAUGACCUAAAAGACUUCCUUUCAAAAGCCUGCAAAUUAGGAUUUGUGGAAGACCGGGGUGAAGGUUACUUCCGAUUCUCCCACGAUUGUGUUCGCUCGAGCGCAUAUUCAACCGCAAUGACAGAAGAGACCAAAACGCCUGAGACUAGCAUGCAUUUGGCCAUGGCGAAAGAACUGAAUUUGAUCAGCGCAAAAGAAAAGCCAGAUUCAAGAUUCAAGUUUCUGGCUAUUGACCAACUCAAUUGCUGCUCUUCCCUUCUACCCCAGGGUGCUAUUGUGAAGCUAUACAAACUCAAUCAAGAGGUCGCCGAAAUUUGCAUUACAAGGACUUCGUUCCGAACAGCAGCAGAAUUCCUCGAGAUCACGAUGGGUCUCAUAGACAAUGAAACAAAGUGGAAGCAUCUCUACGAUGUAACACUGAGAAAUUUUCUUUAUCUUGCCCGAAUGAAAGUGUGCUGUAACGACCUAGAGGCAUCGAAGAAGCUCUGCAAAGAUAUUUUCAAGUACGCGACGUCCUUGAAGGACAAAAUAUACGCGUCGCAUCUAAUGUUUUCAGUGUUGAUGGAAGAGGGCAAGUACAAUGACGCAUUGAAUAGAGCACUUGCUUUGCUUGGAAGAAUGGGAGAAAACUUCCCUUCUGAGAAUCUACGACCAAUCGUGGAUGGUGAAGUUGGCAAAUUAAGGCAAAUGGUUGCGCAACGAGACAACCGACAGUUAUUGAAUCCUCCGAAAAUGACGGAUGGGAAAGCACUUGACAUCAACUUUUUGCUUGCCCUGGUGGUUGAGAUCAGUGACAAGUGUGAACCCAACUACUACAAGCUUUUUGCCAUGAUCAGGAUGAUGCAUCUGUCUCUCAGGUUUGGGCAUUCCAGACAGUAUCCAUUAGCAUUUGCACUUUUUGGAUCCCAUCUAGUCACGAUUGGUGCAAUCAAAGAAGGUCAUCGCUACGGACAAGUGGCAGAGAAGCUCGGUAGAGGAACGGAUCUGUACGGCGGGAAAGCCGCAAUGAUGUUCCAAUGGAACAUUUGCCAUUGGAGGAGACAUUACCGAAGAAGCUUGGAGCCUAUUUUGAACAUUUACAAUGAUCAAGUCGAUAAUGGUGACUUUGAAAACGCAGAUUUCAGUAUCGUGACCUACAUUCAGUAUCACCUUGCGAGCGGUUUCGAAUUAGAGGGUCUAAGAGCAAACGUGAUGUUUUUUGAAAGACCUUUCUACGACUAUGACAUGCCGGACAAAUGGCGCAUCACCAUUGUACAAGAACUCAUUACCAACUUGAUGGGCGAAACUGAGUCCCCACUUGUUUUCUUUGGUGACGAUGUAAGCGAGGAAGAUGAGUUCAUUGCGGAAUUGGAAAGUGGAGGAGACGCCAAAGCCGCAUUGGACUACUUUUAUUUCAUGCAACUCUUCAUCGCUUCGCUCUUUAAUGACGCGGACAUGGUGCAACUAUGUCUGUCCAAGAUUCAACGACCACCCGAUGGUAUUUGGUCAUCAUAUUACUAUUUCUUUGAAAGCUUGUUCCUCAUUUCGAAAUUACCAACGACAAAGGGGAGAGGUCGAAACGACCUAAAAGCAAAGAUUGAAGAGAAGAAAGGCAAACUGAUCGAUUGGUACAAUGCUGGUGCACCAAAUCCAAGUGCCAUGAUCUCGUUGUUGGAUGCUGAAUAUUUGGUGAAUAAGGAAGCCGGUCGACAGAUUGCGAUUAUCAAAGUUCAAGAAGUCUAUGAUGAAGCCAUCCAUGCAGCAGCUAAGGAAGGUAUGCUACAUCUAGAGGCAUUGGCUAGUGAAAAAGCGGGAAUGUACUUUGACUCCAUCGGAAAAAUCGACGAGGGCGCGCGGUAUCUGAGACGGGCUCACAAGAAGUAUAUCGAAUGGAAGGGCGUUGCCAAGGUAAUCGACAUCGAAGAGAGAUUUGCGGAUAUUCUUCACAUCCGUCAUCGUUACCAAGUAGUGCCUCGUGAGAACUAUUUUGAGCACCAAAAAGGCAAGAAAAAGGGUGUCAAGAAAAUCGCCAAACUGGCAGGCAAGGGUACAAAGAAGAUAGUUAAGGGCGCCGGAAAGGGUACCAAAAAGGCGGUGAAAGGACUAUUUUCCAAAAAGGAUAAAGGUAGACACGAAGUUUCUGCAGAUCAAGGUGGUGGUGAAGAGGAACAAUAUGCUGAAGACGAUGCCUACGACGGAGGUUCACAAGGCCAGCAAAACCAAGAUAUUUACGAGGACGAUGUCGGCGAGGAGGAAUAUGACGAGGGUGAAGAUCAACCAAAAGAGAAGAAAAAAUCCAAGAAACUGUUCGGAAAGCUAAAGAAGAUAGGUCUAGGAAAAGGAAAAUAA